GAUAGCGCCGUGCUGCGCAACUAACAUCGUGUAGUAAGCAAGAGUGGCUUUGCCGAACCAGGUGCUUCAUUCCUCCUUCUGCCCCAGUUGACCAACUAAUGUCAUCUACAUACAAAUCCAAAUAUGUUCGACUUCAGGAGAGGUACCGUUCUCUCGCAAAGGAACGGUCGGAGCUCGUUACUUAUUUAGAGAAGGCUAUGAAAGAUGUGAAGAGUCUGAAGACGGAAAACCAACAACUUCUCGACUUGAUAAUUCUUCUUACCCCCAAAGGGGCCGAAGACUCUUCAGAUGAAAAUGUCAAAGCUUCUGCCUCCGAUGAUUCACAUAGUUCGGGUGCCUCUCGCGACUCGAACACGUCCGACGACGACAUACCAGAUUCUGAUGCGGAACGCUACCAUUCACUUCAGAAAACACCUAGUCACCGGGGACGAAAACGCAAAGAGAACGAGGCCGUCCUGCCCGCGCAUGCCAGCCCUAAGAAGCGAAGAAAGCAACUAUCACAAUGAUGGUGGCUCUUAUCGCAGACUGCAUCAUACACAACCCACUGAAACUUAUCCAUCGGAACCGUCACCAAUAUAGAAACACUAGACUGAGAGCGCCCCAUAGUCCUGCCGAUCUACACGUCGGGGCAAGAAAGACUAGAGGGGAACGCAAGCGACUAUAUUCGCAUUGAACAUCCGUUCAGAUAUAUACACGGUCAAUAAAUAUUCACACGUUGUCCGUCAGCA